GCCCUAAUACACAUGUUGGUUGAUAGAGUGAAACAUGGGAAGUUAUAGCUUUCUCUGAGGUAAGAAGAAAGAGAGGGAUUUUAGAUAUUUUAGAGAGAGGUGGAAGAAAGUGUUAAUAGCAUUCCCACACAAGAGACUUAUCAAGCAUUCAGCUGCCAUAGCAACAGUCGGUGUGAGUCAUUGGUUCGUUAAGCUUGAGUGCUGACCCUCUCACUGUCUUCCCCUCUCUCGCCUUCUUUCUCCUUCACCCUCACACACACACACACACACACACACACACACACACACAAACACACACAUUUAAAAGCAGCGAAAGUAGGACUGUGCCUCCUCACCGCACAAGUUGGAUUGUAGUCUAAGGAGCUUGACCCAAAAGAGAUUUGUGGACUGCAUGUCUUGUUAAUGCAACAUCACAAGACUGACUAAAUCCCAGUGAACACAGUAAGGUUUUUUUUCCCAUUAAUAAGGCAGACAAAGGAGGGUGGGUGGUGCUCUUUUACAAAGUUACUCAGUGUUUCAUAGGAGGAGAGACUCACAGAGGUCACUAGGAGCUUUCCAUAUGUUAUUGUAGUAAUGAGAGUCAUCGCUAUUUCAAGCAAACCAGAGGAAGAGCAGUUGAUUUGCCGAUUAGUCAACCAGUCCAGUACCAGUAACCACUGACUCCCUAGCUUGUCACUGCGCAGGUUGUCAGUACUGUGACUCAGCGAGGUGGAGGCAGAACACUAAUUACGAGACAUUAUUGGCCAAUUACCGCCUUUUGUCACAGUAAAAAAGGUUUUCAACACCAACCUUUUUUUAUUCAUUAAUAAGUGACUUCAGGUUGUGCUGUAGUGUAGGUGUGUGUGUGUUUACUAGAGGCAGUUGCGUUUAAUUAGUUCCUCUUUUUACGAUGGGAGAUCCCUGUUGUGUCUAAAUGCAGACCAUCUACCGCAGCCUCCGCGUUCAUUUGGGGAUGUUAACAUACUUUUCCCCCUCUGCUUACCGCAGGCCACAUGCAGACACACACACACACACACACACGGGUUUACAACUGAACCACACACCGUCCUGAUGCCUCAUUAGUGUGUUCUGACUCAUUUAGACAGAUUAUAGGGUCUGUGUGUUGACUGACUACCUGACUGACUGAUUUAAGGCUAACACGGGAAAGCUUCUGUCAACACUGUAAAGGAGAUCCAAUCAAACAAAGCAAAACUGUGGUUUAAAUUAACGUCAUCUCACUUGCGUUUCACUGCAGCGGAUUGAGAGUCAGCUUCUGUGCGUUUCAUUUAGAGCAAAUAGGCACAUGCAACCUGUUCUUAUUAGUUUUUUUUCCAUAAAUGUCAUCCCUCCAAAACACCACAACCAAAACACAAACAACAGGAAGUGCCUCCAGAGUGUAUCUGCGUCUCCAUGACAACUGGUGGAUGUAGUGUUGCACACGAGAGCCCCACCCAUGGGUGAAACAAUAGUCUUUUGAGAACCUCAGGUCCAGUUCUAGCAAAGAAUACUACGCAUAUGCUAUUUAAACUUUCUAUUCUUCCCGUAAUCCCCCGGGGAGUCCGCUACACCGAAGAAAAGGCCUUUACACUCUAUCAGAUGUGACCUUUUCAUCUGUAAUGGUUGUGUGCUCGGGUGCACAGACAUCAUUAUGAGACAGACGUGGGUCUGUGCACACGAGCGCCCAGUUGUUUAUGAAUAAUGGCCGGUCACUUCCUCUGCUUGUGCGUGUUUGUGCCAUUGUGUGCGAGUGUUUUACAGUCAAAAGGAAGAGGAUUUAUAGCAUGAGCACGCAUACAUGCACCAGCCUCGCCCUAAUAACAGAAGCACCCAACGGCUUUGACUGAGUUCCUAACAAAAGAAUCUGUCAGCAUGUUUUUGUUUUUUUUAAAUCAGAUAUUCACGCUAUUCACAGUCCGCCAUAACGACUACAAAGGUUUCAUUAAUACAAUGGGCUUCUGCAACUGGGGCACUUCUUAAAACGGCACAGAAUCACAACCAAAAUGUCUAAUUUUAGACUUGAGAGUGACUUUAUUGCACCUUCUUGUAGAUCACGUGACUGCUGUUUAGAUCCAGAUAUAUUUGAACCCUAUUUGCCCACUUACAUGUGUACAACUUCAUCCUGAAACAUCAAACUACUUCCAAACUUGCAGCAGCUCUGUCCCGCUGAUGGAGAGGACAGCUUUAGUGGUCUCGUGCCUGAACAUAGUUGCAAACACCUAUCUUAUCGCCACAGCUCUGGCCCAUAUGUAGCCAACACACACACACACACUCGCACUCUCACUAUCUAACCUGCCCGCUAUAUUUAGCACCACGCUACAUUAGCACUUCACACUCCAUUGAAAAGGCACGGUACAGGAACAGUUUUGAUAAGAGUGCAGAUUUUCUUUCUUCACGCUCGUGCACACACACACACAUACAGUACAUAAACACAUACAUUAGACUGUUUACAGACUUUUUUCAUCAUAUUUCUCCCCCUCCUUCCCUUUCCUCCCUCUCAUCCCUCGGUCCAUUGUUUUCCCAGGCUGUUCAAAUUCCUGGGCUGUGACCUGUUCCUCCCUUAGCUCCCUUUCUCCUCUUUUCCUCCCUCAUCCUGUCAUAGCUCGGUCUUCUACUUCUUUUGUCCUAGUCCUUAGUUUUACUUUCUUUACUGAUGUUUGUGUGUGUGUGUUUGUAUGUCAGCCCCAGCUGAUAGAUGCAGGCCCACUUGUGUUCGGAAAUAGCCCACACUCUACUCCCUCUCUAACGAGAAACAGACUUUGUGAAUGUGUGUGUGUGUAUGUGCGUGUACACAGAGGUCUGGCUAAACAAAGCAAGGAGCACUUCAAUUGCUGGGGCCGCAGAAAGCUUCUUUCCCCCUUCAUCACUCCUCCCCUGACCCCUCGUUACACACACACACCUCCCAACCACAGAGCCCAGAGCAGGAAGCACAGUCCCUGAGGGAGGGAGGAGGGGUCAGGAGGAGGGGAGGCAUGAACGCCCCCUCCCUCCUAGCAAAGCUGCAGGAGUGGAGGAAACUAAACUUUACACACUUUCCCUCCACCAACACACACACACACACAUGCCUACAGAUGGUGAACACCCACCACCUCAUAACGUCCUGUUCCCCAACGUCUGGGAGGAUUUAAGAUACACACAUGCUGUGGAGUGCGUCUUGGGGGAAACUUUCUCGCCCAGCUGGCUUUGGCUCCUUUUAAAGAGGAGCUGAUGGUUCAUAAAGCGGACGGAAAAGAGAGAAAAAAAAGAAAAUCCGAGCAGAAGAAAGAAAGCCUCCUCCCCUCUCACACUGUCUUUCUCCAGAGUGAGGUCAUCCAGCGAAGGGAUCUGCUGUGGACAAGGCCGCCUGGUCUGGACCUGAUCAGAGAGCCACAGACUAGGUGUUCCAAUGGCGUCAGCUGGAGAACCUCUACUUCAGAGAGAAGAAGUUUUCAGUGGAAGUUCAUGACCCCAGGAGUAGGGCGUCGGUGACGAGAAGGACGUUUGGCCACAGUGGCAUCGCUGUGCAUACGUGGUACGCCUGUCCUGCCCUCAUCAAGUCCAUCUGGGCCAUGGCCAUCAGCCAGCACCAGUUCUACCUGGACCGCAAGCAGAGCAAGUCUAAGAUCCACGCAGCGCGGAGUUUGAAUGAGAUCGCUAUAGACCUCACGGAAACAGGAACUCUGAAGACCUCCAAACUAGCCAACAUGGGAAGCAAGGGCAAAAUUAUAAGUGGCAGCAGUGGCAGUCUGCUCUCGUCAGGCUCUCAGGAAUCGGACAGCUCCCAGACAGCUAAGAAGGACAUGCUGGCAGCGCUGAGGGCCAGGCAGGAUGCUCUAGAGGAUACGCUAAAAAAGAGGCUAGAAGAACUUAAGAACAUCUGCAUCAGAGAAGCGGAGCUGACAGGAAAGCUUCCGAAGGAAUACCCUCUGGAUCCGGGAGAGGAGCCGCCCACAGUGCGACGGAAGAUCGGUACCGCCUUCAAACUGGAUGAGCAGAAAAUUCUUCCAAAGGGAGAGGAAGAGGAGCUGGAGCGUUUGGAGCGGGAGUUUGCCAUUCAGUCCCAGAUUACAGAGGCAGCCAGGCGUCUUGCCAGCGACCCUCACGUGAGCAGUAAGAAGCUGAAGAAACAGAGGAAGACUUCUUAUCUGAACGCACUGAAGAAGCUCCAGGAAAUUGAGAACUCUAUCAACGAGCACCGGGUCCGCUCUGGCAAGAAGCCUACGCAGAGGGCGUCGCUUAUCAUAGAGGAGGCCAAUAUUGGUUCUGAAGACAGUUCACUGUCUGACGCACUGGUCUUGGAUGAUGAUGAUUCUCAAGUUACAGGUACUCCCACCUUCUCUCCAGUAGCAUCGCCUCAUAAGGGCCUCCCUCCCCGACCGCCUUCUCACAGCCGGCCCCCUCCGCCGCAGUCCCUGGAUGGCCUGCGACACCUGCACUACUCGCGCCCCGACUACGAUAAAUCCCCCAUCAAACCCAAGAUGUGGAGUGAAUCGUCACUGGACGAGCCCUACGAAAAAAUCAAGAAACGCUCCUCUCAUUCCAGGCGUUUCCCAAGCUCUGGCAGUGCAGAAGCAGGGGGUAGUAACUCUCUGCAGAGCAGCCCCAUCAGGAGCCUCCCUCACUGGAACUCUCAGUCCAGCAUGCCCUCAACCCCGGACCUGAGGACCAGGACGCCACACUACGUACAUUCCACUAGGUCAGUGGACAUCAGUCCCACACGUCUGCACAGUCUCGCUCAGCACUUUAGGAACCGCAGCUCAAGCCUUGAGUCCCAGGGCAAACUGUUGGCGCCCGACCCCGACGCACACCCGCACACCCUGGGCACACUGGGCAGCCCCGACUUCUUCCUGGUCCCAGGACGCAACUCCAACGGCUCUGACCCGCUGGACGACUGCUCAUCCUGCACCAGCCAUAGCAGCUCGGAGCAUUACUACCCCUCUGGUGGACCCCCCGGCAGCAACCCCAACUACUCCACUCUGGGAGAGGACUCACCCUCCAAAGCCAGGCAGAGGCAGAGGCAAAGGCACAGGUCUGCAGGUCACCUGGGUUCCUCUAACUCGGGCUCCAUGCCAAACCUGGCAGCUAAGAACGGCUCUGGUGGAGGCUCAGGUGGAGGUGGGAUGGGAGGAGGACACCACGGAGUCUACCUCCACAGCCAGAGCCAGCCCUCCUCCCAGUACCGCAUCAAGGAGUACCCGCUGUACGUGGAGGGCAGCCCCAACCCCGUGGUGGUGCGCAGCCUGGAGAGCGAUCAGGAGGGCCAUUACAGCGUCAAGGCCCAGUUCAAGACCUCCAGCUCCUACACGGCCGGGGGACUGUACAAGGAGGCCUGGGGGGGAGAGGAGGGAGGAGAGGGGAGCGGCCGACUCACGCCGUCGCGCUCUCAGAUCGUACGGACUCCGUCGUUGGGGCGAGAGGGUGGUGGCAGCGGAGGAGGGGGGAGGGCAGCGGUGUCUGAAGAGCUGCGGUGCUGGUACCAGAGGUCCUCAGGGAGCCUGAAGGAGAGGAGUCACUCGCAUUCGGGGUCUACUUCCUCCGAGACAGGGUCACAGCAAGGCACUCUGGGACACGGUCGAGGGAGUCGAGUAGGGACACUCGCCAAGGGCUCACCAGCUGCAUCCCCUCACAGCCAGAGGAGUAUGACGCCCUCCAGCGAACACGCAGCCACACCUACACCCCCCUGUAGCCCACAGCACAUCCUCAACUGGCAGAGCGGGUCUUUCAGUGACAGCUGUUUCCUCAGCAGCCCCCUGUGUUCAGAGCUGGCAGAUGUGCAGUGGUACGGACACGAUAAGGCCAAACCUGGAACCCUGGUCUGAGACCUUCCUAAAGGGACCAGAAAAGUCCCAUUGCCCUCUCCUACUGCCUCUCCACUGUCCCUCACUACUACCCAUCGACAACCAACAACCUCAUCCUUAAGGCCCUACAAAAACCCUGCCCUGAGCGGACCGGCGGACUGGCGGACUGGACACGAGCCUCCCUCCUUCCCUAAAUCCUGCCCUCCAUCCAUCUCACCAUCCUCUUUAUUAUUACGCUCCCUCUAUCACAGCUCAGCUGGACAGGGACACACUCGCUGGGCUCUGAUGAGGGCUGAUUUCACAGAAACAGACUGAGAAGAGCCACCUCAGCUGUUGAACUGUUGCCCUGCUGCAGCAGCACCACAGAGCCCGUUCUUUACUCACCCUCAGCACACUAGCGACGGGGCAAAGGAGCGAUGGGAAGAGAGAGAGAGAGCACAGAAAAAUAUCAAACCGCUCAACAGAAGCAACAUCUAGGAUCUGUUUCAUAUCUCGUCUUUGGACCCCUCCCCGACCUAUUAAUUAACUCCAGUGCACUGCCACCCAAUCAGAGGAUACCUGCUGGAUUUGAGCCACCAGUUUAAAACCCAUUUCCAGGCCCAAAGUGAACUGUGUUGGAUUUCAUUAUUCCCAUCAAUGUUGUUUGUCCUUUUUUUGUUUAUUUGUCCCCGCAUAUUUAUAAGAAGAGAAGAUGACACAGACUUUUCAAAAAACAAAAAAUCCGGAUUAACAAACAUUUAGAUGACAACUCCUCUCAGUUUAACCCACAACCAAAGACAAUUUACUGGAUUAACUGGUCACACCAGGGGUCCCUGGGCUGGUGCCAUGCAACUGUAUGAGAGUGAAUUCACAGUGACAAUAUCAGGAUGGCUUAUGGGACUCUAUCUGGGAUAUUGAUGAGGACUAUAGCAAUAACAAACAUUGUACAAGAAGCAUAUGAACUGGUUUGAAUCUACAGAGUGAAUUGAAGCAGGCACUUUGCCGUGUUCUCUGAUGCUCGGAGUAAAAACAUCAUUAGUGCAUCGUAGGGAGAAUUUGUGGUUAUUGGGUUUGGCAUUAAUCUAUGCUUAUUUCAGUGACUUCAUCAUUCAUGUUUAGUUAAUGUCUUUUCAAGAUUUCUCUGUCCACAUGUUUGGCCACAUUGUGAUCAGUACUUCUACACUCCUUCGGUGGGGGUGUUAACACGGCCGCAUCGUGCAACAUUUGAUUUUGGAUGUAGUUUUGAUAUAGAAAAACAAUCUGAUUCCACCUUUUCAAAUGUUUUAUUUUGAAAGAUUUCUGGCUGUUGACAUCUGUUGGCGUUACUUGUGUUUGAUAUUGAGGCUGUUCAGUGAAAAAUCUCUGUAGUGAAUCAUCUUUUUCUGUCUUGGGCUCUAUAGCGGAGUUAUCUGUCAGUCCCCCUACUGUAGCACUGUGCUUUCUCAUCUUUCUGUCCGUCUCUCUUCAGCAUGACAGGAGCAUCCUGACUGAACACAGACAGUCUGAACUCGGCUAGGACACACACACACACACACACACUGGCAGUCACAACACCUCAUAUUAUGGGCGCGCAUGAGUGCCAAAAAAAUGGUUGGUGCUUUUACAUUUGUACUGUAAUUCAGCACUGUAACAGCCACAAACAGUAAGUCCCCCUCAGGCUAUAGCCAUUGUAUAAAGCAGGCAGCAGACUUCUCUAUGAUUUGGCAUCAAGCAUACUCGGAAAUGUACUUUGAAAAGCACAACAUUGAACAGUGUCUGUGAGCGCUGGACCUACAAUUAGUGUGUUCUCAUUUUCCACUCUAAAUAUUUUAAUCAUGAGCUGUAUCAAAGUGCAUAAGACGGGAAGUAGAAACGCUAGAACCACGUACAAUACACGAUAGAGCUCUUUUUAUUAGUACACGGACAUCGAUGAGUUUCAGGUCGACACUAAUUACUACCCCGCUGUCAGGGCAAAAGAGAAGCCAUAGCCAGAACUGAAACAAACAAUCCCGAUCAAUCAGAUAUUCAGAACAGAGUUAGAAAAGCACACCUGGUUUUGUAAGAAGGAAGUAGAGCUCUGCAUGUUUUCGCUGUAUCUAAACCCUCUCAUCUUCCCCCUAACCAGAAUUUAUGUUACGAAUUUCAUUGUUGCACAAAAUCUCCGUUCAUUUUACAAAGAUUAUGACAGAUUCUAGAGGAGUGGACAUGUUUUUCGUCAGUCUUACGGCACCAUUAUGUCUGGAUAAAUGGUGUAACAUGUGGUGUGUGGCAUGGGAGGAAUGUCUUACCCUGUCCCUCAUAGUGUCGUGUUUCCAUUAUGCACUGUUGUAAUCUGCCACUUUCUAGACUAUUUAAAUAAGAAGGUUUAGCCCGCUCCCUGCAUGGUUGGUUCUCCAAAAGUUCUCCACCCGUGCCUGUUCACAGCUGAUCAGGAUUUGGAACCAGCACUCCCAUCUCAUAAGAAUGAGUUACUCUAGUGUAAUCACCUAUUAGAGUGCAAGUUAGACCCUGCUUUUGCUCACUCAAGAGUCUUCGCCCACUGUCUGCGUGCUAAAGACACAAUCCCACGCAUGCCCUGCAGAUCCACUGACAAAUAAAGACCCCCCCAAAGAGCAUCCGACUUCUCUACGCUUAACGUCAGCACGUCUUGCUCCAUAGUGUUUCCUCGCCCAUCUUUGACCUUGUGGUAAUCUCUGACCUCCGAUGUGAAGAAGUGUGACGUCCCCUUUCCCUCUGUAGCUCCAAAACACACCAUAUUUUCUGUGCUCCAUAGAAAUGUUUUUGUAAUACUCCUCAAGAGAAAUGAACUAACUCUUUUAUCGGUCUUUUCCUGUAUGUACGGAGGGGCACUGUAAGGUUUUUGUGGGGUUUUUAACAUUCACAUUCAUUGUUUUAACAAUGUUCCAUUUUAUAUGAACCAGUAUUGUUUUUGUUUUUGUUUUUAGUUCUGACAUUGUAACAACCCUUUCAGGUGCUACAAAAUGACCAGUUACUGCUUUGUCACGUAGGAUCUAGACAUCUUCAUUGUUAUCAAUAGAUUCAAUUACCAGAUGUGCAAAAUGAAGCUUAUUUUAACAGACAGUUUAAUAGUAGAACACUUCCCCUACCAGACAAUAGAGCAUGUAACUUGAUUUUAUCAGUUCUGUUCAACUGUAACAAUACAUUAAAAGGUGUUGUAGAAAAAAUGUGGAAUUGAUCAACAAAAAAAACAAAAAAAUAACUGAAUUCCACAGUUAAUUUAUUCUUUUUUCUAUUAAAAAUUUGUAUAGUAACUUUACAUUUUUCAAAACUGUGUUGUUGGAAAUUGAUGAUGAAUUUUCAAGAUGAGCAGUGGUGGUUCUUGAGAGUAAGAAAAAUAAAUUAUUGAUGAAUGUUCUCAAGAUUA